UCUGCAGCAGUAAUGAUGAGUGACAGCAGCAGCAGCCAAUCAGAGCAGAGACUAAAGCUUUUAAUGGUGUCAGAGCUUCAGCUGCAAACUGAAGCACCUGUAGCAGCCGAAGGAGACUGUGUGCACCGUUACACUCCGUUAUACUCUGCAUUAUACUGUCCGGUACGCCGGCGGAGCGUCGUUAUUACCGGCUGCAACAUGAAGCUCAGAUAUCUGCCCGUCGUGUUUCUCUUCGCUGCUGUCGCCAAAGGAGUGACAGAAACUACACCUUCAGAACCACAAACAACCCAAACAACCAGCUCCAGUGGCACGACAAACACAACCCUUGUACCUGCUCCAAGCCACACAACAAGCUCAAGUACAGCUGCCACACACAGAAGCACAACUACAAGCUCACAGAUCACUCCCACAACCAACAACACAACUACAAGAGCACCAAACACUCCCACAACCAAAGACGCAACUACAAGAACACAGGUCACACCCACAACUAACAACACAAUGACAAGAACACCUGACACUCCUACAACCAACAGCACCACCAUACUGGUCACUCCCACAAGCAACAAGAUAACUACAAGCACAUCCACCACCAACAAUGCAACUACAAUCCAUCCCACAGCCAACAACGCAACUACAACCCAUCCCACAACCAACAACUCAACUACAGUCCAUCCCACAACCAACAACGCAACUACAGUUCAUCCCACAACCAACAACGCAACUACAAUCCAACCCACAACCAACAAUGCAACUACAAUACCACCCACAACCAACAACGCAACUACAAUGCGACCCACAACCAACAAUGCAACUAUAAUCCCACCCACAACCAACAACGCAACUACAAUGCGACCCACAACCAACAACGCAACUACAAUACCACCCACAACCAACAACACAACUACAAUGCGACCCACAACCAACAACGCAACUACAAUACCACCCACAACCAACAACGCAACUACAAUCCAUCCCACAACCAACAACGUAACUACAAUCCAUCCCACAACCAACAACGCAACUACAAUGCGACCCACAACCAACAACGCAACUACAAUCCGACCCACAACCAACAAGGCAAAUACAACCCAACCCACAACCAACAACGCAACUACAAUGCAACCCACAACCAACAAUGCAACUACAAUCCCACCCACAACCAACAACGCAACUACAAUGCGACCCACAACCAACAACGCAACUACAAUUCCACCCACAACCAACAACGCAACUACAAUACCACCCACAACCAACAACGCAACUACAAUACCACCCACAACCAACAACGCAACUACAAUCCGUCCCACAACCAACAACGCAACUACAAUCCGACCCACAACCAACAACGCAACUACAAUCCAACCCACAACCAACAACGCAACUACAUUGCGACCCACAACCAACAAUGCAACUACAAUCCCACCCACAACCAACAACGCAACUACAAUGCGACCCACAACCAACAACGCAACUACAAUUCCACCCACAACCAACAACGCAACUACAAUCCGACCCACAACCAACAACGCCACUACAAUGCGACCCACAACCAACGACGCAACUACAAUCCGACCCACAACCAACAACGCAACUACAAUCCGACCCACAACCAACGACGCAACUACAAUCCGACCCACAACCAACAACGCAACUACAGCGACCACACAAACCAGCAGCGACACAACUCCGACCAGAGUAACUACGGCUGCACCAACAAACUCUACUAGCACCGCUCCUACAUCUACUGCUACACCUUUGUCCUCCACCGCCAGCACAAACACAACGCUCACAGCUGGACCCUCAACUUCUACACUUGCCUCCACCUCCAUCUCACUUCCACCGAGCACCUCCCCAGGCAGUAGCACCGCACCCCCCACCGGAAACACCAGCACCCUUCAUCCCUCAACAGCAACCUCAGGAGCUACCACCAUCACUCCAACCUCCAUCACCACCACCCCUGCCGCCAGCACCAUCACCACCAUCCCACCAACAGAGGUCACCACCAGCAACAUGACCACAGCGGCUCCGCCUCCCCCAGUCAUAGUGUGUCCUGCCGUCCCGUGUCCACCUGAGAGCGUCUGUCUAAAUGGUACUUGCCAGUGUCUCUCUGGAAGCUUCCUGCUGAAUGGACGUUGUACACCUGCCCAAGUGUUCCCAGGCCAGCUUCAUAUCGUUUCUUUGACAUUUCAAAAUGAAAUGCGAAACAGGUCCUCGAGCAUAUUCCAGAAAACGGCGGCGGAGAUCUCAGCAGCGCUGGAAGGUGCCCUCAGAAAUCAGCCGGGUUACGUACGCUCUGAUGUUGUGCAACUUGAGCCAGGAAGUGUGCAGGCAACUGUGAAUAAUGUAUUUCAACAAACCAACGCCACUCAAGAGUCUGUUGAUCAGUCCAUUAGUCAGGCUGCAGCCAGCUCAGAGGGACUACUGGCCAACGCCACAUUUACAUCUACAAACCUGUGUGACCAGGAGCCAUUGCCUUGUGAUGUCUCCACGACACUGUGCGCAAACACAAAUGGCCGAGCUGUUUGUUCCUGUAAAGAGGGCUACAUCUCCAUUGUGUACUCAAACACCAGUUGCAGAGCGUGUCCAAGUGGAUUUAGAGCAGUGGGAGAUGUCUGCGAACCGUGUGCGUUUGGUUAUGCUGGCUUCAACUGCAAUGACUCUGCUCUGCUCGCAGUCGUGGUCAUUUCCUGUGUUCUAGGAGGAAUUCUGCUCAUCCUCAUCCUGGCUCUGCUCAUAUUCUGCUGCUGGACAAGAGGUUCGGAAAACAAAACCGACUUCAGCAGCACCAGUCCGUAUUCAUCAGGUGACGGAAACCAGCCGUGGCCAACCGGCAUCACUCCGAUCCCUCGAGCCACAAGUAACUGGGACGCAGCUCCGUCCAUAGAGAUGACAGAAGGGGGCAGCACUCACGCUCUGGUAGACAAAAAGCACCAAAGCAACGGACUGGGGUUUCAACUGAAGCCGAAAGGAUGGAAGAAGUCCGGAUCGUAUGAUCUCAACACAGACGGACUGAGGACGUUCACAGGUAAAAACCCGUCCCGUUACUCGUAUCUGGUCCAAGGACAUGAGAACCCCUACUUCCUACCAGGAGACGAGAGGAAAAACUGAAACUCGCGAAGAGACGAGGGACACGAGAUCAAAAACAAAUCACUGGUUUGAACUCAGGGACACUUCCUGAGCUGGACUAUUUUAUUUGUGAUAUUUACUUGGAUUAAUCGCAAAGGACAAGCUGAGAUCAGUGACCAAAGAGAAUCAUUUAUUCAAGCAAGAACGUUUUUUAAUGUCUGCUUUUAAUGAUUCUAGCCAGUAGAUGUCACUGUUGCGCUGUAAAUUUAGUACAAUAGUUGUUUUUUUUUUUUUAAGGGUACAUUUAACUUUUUAUGCUUUUUUUGGGGUCUUUUUUAUGCUUUAAAGAAAUCAUUCUGUAGACAUUCAAACUGGAGAUUCCUACAUUACUAAUUGCACUAAAGUGUGUGUUAAGUUUACCACCGAUUUCUCUCUGAAAUCAAAUUGAAUGUGGGACUUUCUGCAGCUACUAACUUUUUUUCUUAAGGGUGUGAUUAUUUUCUAGAAAAACAAAUCUUGAAGUGACUAAAGGGGCUGGAUCCCUGGCUGGGAGUGUUUUUUAAAGGGAUUUAUUGUAGCAGUCUGCAACUGAGAACUCCGCGUUUGUUGAAGCUGCACUUGCAGAAAUGUGCCUGUUUUACUGGUCGCUCUGACAAAUAGGAAACAUUAUGCAAAGCUGCUGAAGAAGCCUGUCUCUCGGAUGUGCCAAUUAUCACUUGUAUACAUUUCUUUCAAAGAUUAUAUAUAUAUAUAUAUAUAUAUAUAUAAAAACAUAUUUAUCCUUGAGUGUCUGAGAGAGUGCACUAUUUUGUAAGUGUGUAAAGAUUUUGUACAUAAUUGAAGACCUCUCGGCAGAGAAUGUGUGAAUUUAUGCUGUGGAAAUAAAUUAAUUUAAAUGCAA